GCCAUUUCCUCUCACCCCUCCCGCGAUAUAGCCCCAUAAUUCCGCGUUCCCCGCGGUUUUGCCACACACGCGCGCAUCCCUCCGCGCACCGACCCGCUCCGCUCCCCUCGCCCUCACGCCGGCCGCCGCCGCCUCUCCGCGCGCGGGCAGCGCGGGCGCGCAGGGCGGCGCGGCGGGGAGGAGAGGAGGAGCGGCCGCGCGAGCGGGCGGGGGGGGAAGGCGGCUCCGCACAGCCAAGAUGGCGGCGGUGGAGCUGGAGUGGGUGCCCGAGACGCUCUAUAACACGGCGAUCUCGGCCGUGGUGGACAGUUACGGGCGGGCGCGGCGCCGGGACAUCCGCUCCCUGCCCGAGAACAUCCAGUUCGACGUGUACUACAAGCUUUACCAACAGGGCCGCUUAUGCCAGCUGGGUAGCGAAUUUUGUGAACUAGAAGUUUUUGCAAAGGUGCUACGAGCUUUAGAUAAAAGACAUCUGCUUCAUCACUGUUUUCAGGCUUUGAUGGACCAUGGAGUAAAAGUUGCUUCUGUACUGGCCUAUUCUUUCAGUAGACGGUGCUCCUACAUAGCAGAAUCUGAUUCUGCUGUAAAAGAAAAAGCAAUCCAGAUUGGUUUUGUUUUAGGGGGAUUCCUAUCGGAUGCAGGAUGGUAUAGCGAUGCCGAGAAGGUAUUUCUUUCCUGCCUUCAGUUAUGCACCCUUCAUGAUGAAAUACUUCAUUGGUUUCGCGCCGUAGAGUGUUGCGUAAGGUUGCUGCAUGUUCGAAAUGGUAACUGUAAAUAUCACUUGGGAGAAGAAACAUUCAAACUAGCUCAGUCUUACAUGGACAAACUUGCAAAACAUGGUCAGCAAGCAAACAAAGCAGCACUCUAUGGGGAGCUGUGUGCGCUGCUUUUUGCCAAGAGUCACUAUGACGAGGCUUAUAAAUGGUGUAUAGAAGCUAUGAAGGAGAUCACAGUUGGCCUGCCUGUAAAAGUAGUAGUGGAUGUUUUACGACAAGCUUCAAAGGCUUGUGUUGUAAAACGUGAAUUUAAAAAGGCUGAACAGCUGAUAAAACAUGCAGUAUACCUUGCCCGGGAGCAUUUCGGAGCCAAGCACCCCAAAUAUUCUGAUACACUACUAGACUAUGGAUUUUACUUGCUCAACGUAGACAAUAUAUGCCAAUCUGUUGCAAUCUACCAGACAGCUCUUGAUAUCCGGCAGUCAGUAUUUGGAGGUAAAAACAUACAUGUAGCCACAGCUCAUGAAGACUUGGCUUACUCUUCUUAUGUUCACCAGUACAGCUCUGGAAAAUUUGACAAUGCACUAUUCCAUGCUGAACGUGCUAUUGGCAUUAUAACUCACAUUCUUCCAGAAGACCAUCUUCUCUUGGCAUCUUCCAAGAGAGUUAAAGCACUUAUCCUGGAGGAGAUUGCAAUAGACUGUCACAACAAGGAAACUGAGCAGAGAUUACUUCAAGAAGCUCAUGACUUGCAUCUGUCCUCACUCCAGUUAGCUAAAAAGGCAUUUGGGGAAUUUAAUGUACAAACAGCAAAACACUAUGGCAACCUUGGAAGACUGUAUCAGUCCAUGAGAAAAUUUAAGGAAGCAGAGGAAAUGCACAUCAAAGCAAUUCAGAUUAAGGAGCAGCUUCUGGGUCAAGAAGAUUAUGAAGUUGCCCUGUCAGUGGGACAUCUAGCUUCUCUAUAUAACUAUGAUAUGAAUCAAUAUGAAAAUGCUGAAAAGCUUUAUUUGAGAUCCAUAGCAAUUGGAAAGAAGCUUUUUGGUGAAGGAUACAGUGGACUUGAAUAUGAUUACAGAGGUCUCAUUAAACUGUACAAUUCCAUUGGCAAUUAUGAGAAAGUUUUUGAGUACCACAAUAUUUUGGCCAAUUGGAACCGGUUGCGGGAUCGGCAGUUCUCAGUUACAGAUGCUCUGGAGGACGUAAGCACCAGCCCUCAAUCCACUGAAGAAGUGGUCCAGUCUUUUCUCAUGUCUCAGAACGUUGAUGGACAGAGUAGCUAAGGAACUUGGUCAGUUAACCGGUUAAGGGUUUUUUUUUUUUUUUCCCCCCCCCAGAUUACAGGGGAAAGUCAUACUGUGAAAUCUAAACCAUGUAGUUCUCUGGGGGCUGGAAUUUGCAUUGAAACACUGGUCCAGUCUACUGAAGAGUGCCCAUACGGAUGAGUGUGUGUUAAAUUCUUAUCAGCAUGUGUAUGGCAUGUUUAGUUCGGCUCAGAUUUUGAACUUGGUAUUCCGGAAAACCCCUUCUUUCUCUCUUCUUUCAAAAGAAGCUACUUUGCAGAAAGUCUGCAAGAAAACAUUAAAUAAAACUGUUUGAGUCCAAAAGAGUUGCAUUCUUAUUACGAAUGGAAGGUUUCAUCAAGAGCUUUCUUCUGACAAAUAGAAUAAAUGCUGUACUCUAAGAAAUUAUACAAGAAAGGUCUUUCUACUGUAUGCAUUGUAGCAAAGUUGAUCACAAACAUUAAGAAAAGGGAGAAUGCCCUAGCCUUGGCUGCUGCCUUAUGAAGAAGAGUGGCAAAGAACCACUUUGGAAAGCAACAUACUCCUUGUGAACCACAAUAGGUUAUUAAGCAAGUAAUCAACCGUAUGUUGUUUUUAUCUCCUGAACUGGACCAGUGUUCAUCUGUAGGUGAUAGAAGAUCCAGUAGACCAGCAAUCUUAGCUUUCUUUGGUACCAACCAAGAGUGCUAAUCUUCAUAACAGGACCAGGAAAAUCAGAAGUGGACCAGCCUGCUAGAAAAAGUUUUGGACCAGUGGCUUUAAUUUAAUAUUUCUGCCCCUGCAUUCACUUUUACGGUAGAAUUAUUUCAUUUAGAUGUAUGAUCAGUGCAAAAUUAUAUUCAUGUAAUAGAUACAAAACUAGGAAGUGAACGUUCUUUAGCAGUUGCGAUGGCAUGUCUUUAACUAGUAAGCUUAUACAGAUAUUAAUGUCAAUGCCACAAGCAAAAACUAGAAAUGCUUAAAUAUUUGCUGCAGCCACCUUAUUUUCCUUUUUGAAUGGGCUUACUCUAAUAAUUGAGGCAGUAACUUGUUUAUACCAGCUAAUAGUUUUGUAUUACAAUCCAGUUCAAUUUUAUGUUUCUGGAGAACACAACUUAUUGUACAGUUUGCAGGGGUCAGUGGAAAAUGCCAAAAAGCACAACAGGUCUUUUUUGUGAUGCUUCGUUUCUACAUUAAACAAUAGUACAACCAGAAACUGAUUCCUUUAUGUUAAUUUAAGAAGCAGAAGUCAGCUAUAAAGAUCCUUUGAUAAUGCCUAUCUCACUAGCUUGUCUUAAUUUUUCUUCUGUUUUGUGGGGGGCUGCUUUGUUGUGUGGUUUUUUUGGUUUGGGUUUUUUUUAAUGUUGAGGUAAUACUCGAUUUGAACGUCUGUGUAACAUAGCAAACUAGAAACAACUCACUGCUGUUACCUCAGUUCUUAUUAUAGUGGCACAAACGGUGCUUCUAUAGUUAGGAUUCUGUCAGUUUUGGGUUUUCUCCCUUCCUCCCCUAUUUUCAGGGGUUUAUAACUUGGCCGUGAAAGUUCAGUCCAAGUUGAGGCUCAGCAAGGAAGGUUCCUAGAGGACUUGGACUGGAUGUUUUGUUUGGGAUUUAUUUUUUAUUUGUUCGUAAAGUUUGGGCAGGGAAAGCUGCCUGAAGGUCUUCAAGAGAGAGUGCAGAGAAGAAACAGAAAUUUCAGACACUGCUUUGAGCUUACUGGCUCUUUUAAGAACUGAAAUGUUGCAGGCAAAUAGUUAGUAUACUAGUGCCUUCAAGUAUCUUUUUGGGGGGAGAGGCUGAAUAAUACCAACUUUUAAAAUGUAGUUAUGUAAUUAGUGAAUGCAGCUUUAAUGAUUGCAUACUUGGAAUAUUUUUAAUGAAGUGAUAGAAAGUAUUUGCAUUAAAAAACUGUGGUAUUAACACUUAGACUGCAGUAUAUCCUAAAAGGCUGUUCAAUGAAAAUCCACCUUAAAAUUAUGCAUGGAUUUAAAUUCUAAUUUCUUCAUAGCAAUUUUUGUGGCUUAUGUGGGUGCUUUAGAUAAUGCAGGUGUAUCUGGCUUACGACCGUGCAAAAUCUGUUCAGCCCUGAGUGUUCAUACAGCAGGGCACUGAUGAAUUACAAAAUUUCUGAAUUCUUAAUUCCUAUUAAAACUACUUAAACUCAAAUUAAGUAGGUAAUACUAGUAUCAGAACUUGAGCAGGGGGAGCCUUAAGAUUGUCCUAGACAAGUUGUAUAAUUUCUGUACUGCAGAAGUGCUUAAAAGCCUCAAACUGGGUACGUGGAUUUAUAUUGUCUGGAGAUAACCAUUCACUCAGGGUUUCCAGUCUUGGGUCUCGGCUUCUAGUUUUUGGCAAAGGAACCUCAGAGUUCUCAAGGUUUCGUUUGGAGCAGGGCACGUUAUUUAAGUGAUACUGGUAAAAGUGCUCUACGUGAACCAUUGGGUUUUUUGUGUGUGUGUUUAUUUUUGGGUUUUGGGUUUUUUUUGUUUUGUUUUGUUUUUCCCCCUUUAGCUCUCUGUGGUUUGUGUUUGUGUUUUAUCAGUUGCCUUCGAUUUAUGGCCAUCAGGAGAGCUUCCAACACGAGGCAGGUUAGGGAGGUGUUACGCUUCUGUCUGAUAACCGAACAUGUCAGUUAAUCGGUAGGGUUUUUUCUGUUUUAUAAAACCUGCUGGCUGGAUGUACUGUUCUUUCUUGCUUAAAGCUGCUUCAUCAGCUUAUUAUAUACUUUGUAUUUAGGGCUUGCCUGGAAGGAAUUAGGGUCCUAAAAAUCACGGGGAGUUCUCUUUGAUAAUGGGCUUUGGCCAAAAACCACGACUUUGACAAGAGUAUUUGCAGUGAUCCUUGUAGGGCUAUUAGCAUGCCUUUCACAUGACUGAAUGGAGUCCCGACGUGACUGUUGGGUUGAACUUCUCAUUGUAGCACCUCUGCAACUCCAGUCAUGCCACAGCACGUUAAUUUUGGUGAAAGAUAGCUGUGGCUGAUUGCUAAAGGUUUCAAAGCAUGGGAGGUUGCAGAACAACUUUGUAGCUGCCUAUGAAAUGCCUUGUUGCCUGCUCUGCAUGCUGUAGUUUGAAACCUUGACUUAAUGCUGUCCCUGCUGCAGGUGCACUCUUCAUCUAAUAUUAUUAGAAUCAUUUUCUUUGGUUUUCAAAUCUAUGUCUUAAAUUGAGUUCUCAGAAGAAAUUAGUCUUCUGUAUUGGCAUGUGGGCUCUAUUUGAAAUGCUGUGCUUUCAGUCAUUACCCUACUCUGUUGUUGUCUCUGUUGGUACAGCUCGUUGUUUGAUAUCUUUGAGAAAGUAGGAGUCUAGUGCAGUUAGGUGGCCUUGGAGUAAGGUAAAUGUACCUUCAGGGCCAUACCUCCAGAGUAAGGCUGGCCCUCCAUAAAGAUGUGGGCAGCUCCCAGGUGACUGCAGUAAAUUUGCAGGUGACUUGUAAAAAUUACUUUAAUGUUAUUUCCUGACUCCUCUACCAGGCAGAGCAGAAGGAGCAGAGGGUGUAUUCCCCCAUGCCUUCCUCCUCCUGGUAAACCCACGCUGUGUGGCUCUUCAGUGCAGAACUUACAGCACAGAGCUUGCACCUUCCUCCUCCCAGUAUUAGAACUGAGGAACGUUUUUUCUUGUCUUACCCCAAAAACAAGACUUUCAUGCAUGUUUGAAUGUAAGUAUUGGGGAAGGGGCUAUGUGGACAGCCUUGCGUGUUGGGAGAGCUCAUGCUUCUUGCGACUCAAGUAGCUAACUAUGAAACAUUAAGUUGAUUGAUUAUUGGCAUUUUGUAUAUGCACAAUGCACCUGCCAGUAUCUCCGAAGGUGCUAUGUGGUGCUGGCCUUAAAAGGGAGACCUGAGAGUGGGAAUCCAGUGAAAUGCAUCUUCAGAGUUGUAUCUCUUGAAGGUAAGUAAUUUGAUCACACUACGGUAAAUCUUCACGAGCAUUGAGGACAAGUGUCAAUUAUUGUUUAAAUUUAAGCCCUUACUACUUAUUUUUAACAAAGCUGUUCAGUUAUCUUUAUGUCCUGUUUUAAUGCAAACACUUCAAUUUUAUUUAAAAAAAAAAAAAAAAAGAGUGGAGAAAGUAAUGUCAGGAUUUCUCCACUAUUCUUAGGACUCAGGCUAUCCUGCGGGUUUUUAUUUGUUUUUUUUGUUUUGUUUUUUCCUCCCAGCUAGAGUUUAUGGAAAGGGAGAAGUACAUGCAUUGUUUAAGAACUGACAAAAGAGGAAGGGGAAAGUUGCAGAAAGGCAUUUCAAAAUAAGUAUAUCCCUCAGUUACUUGAAGAACAACAACUAGUGACUAUUUGGCUCCAAGCAGUUGUUCGGUCACUUUUAUGGCAUGAUGUUCAUUACGACCGUCGAGUGUCUGCCUCUGUUUCGUAGUAUUUAUGUGCACUCUUUACUUUGUAUAGAUACCUAUUGUUUAAGACUUUUUUUUGCACACAGGGUUUUUGUUAAAUAAUUUUGAGGGGGGGGGUUGUUGUUGAAUUCUAACUUAUUAGGAAAAUUAUGUUCUUAACUUUAAAAAUGAAGUUUUUCUUUAAAUGUGCUGCAGUCUAAAAUUUGCUAAAGGUGCCAUUGCGCUGCUUCUCAUGGUACAGAAAAUGCACAUUUAACUUAAUUUCCUUUUUAUAGUCGUACAGAUUGGUAGAGUACAAAAAAGGAAAAUGCAUCGUGCCUAAAACAUGAUUGAAGCUAUUGACAAAAACUUUACUUGAUUGAUAGACCAGAUCCGACUUCACGGGCUAGCAGCAGAUACGGUGGGGGAGGCCUUGCUGUUACCAGUCCCUGGGCAAAGAUUAUUUGUUGCCUGUGCAAAAACUUUAUUUUAUCUGAAGCUGACUGUUUUCCCCCCUUUCCUGCCCCCUGUGUUUUUAUAAGAAGAAAAUUACUGGCCAAAUGUUAUUUGCAAAUCUGAAUCUUCAUUGUGAGUGUUUUCAUUUUGACACCAAUGGUCUGUUGCAUGUUUUAUUUCUCGGCCUUUUGAGGAUUUCUGUGAGAAGCAGGGAAGAAAUUUCCUUGACCUAGAAAUAAACCAUAUAUGGAAAAACUGACAGCACUAGUAAUGCUUUUGUCUGUAAAUCUCAGGAAUGUUUUAGGCAGUGAAACAGGUUUCCCUUCAGUGAUAUAAAGGUGCGUGCUCUAGGGUCUUGUUUAACAAUAUUUCAUUGCAAUCCUAGGUAUCUAUAGCAUGAGUGGCCUUAGUGAGUUUGUUGAAGUGCACAUUUUUUUUUUCCAGAAGUAAAUUUUAAGAUGAAAAAGAUAUAUACUAUAUAAAUAUAUAGAGAUAUUUAGAAACUUGGUUUGUGGUGCACAAGUUCAGUGUUGGAUCACUAAAUAAUUGUCGCAGGUACCAUAUGUGUAACUCUUUUCUUUUAUGUAUAUUCCUUUAUGGGAAGCAAUGUUGCCAUGGUAACUAGAACUUUACAAUUUCUUUACUACUUAAUGAUGUGAAUGAACUCUACAUUUUAUUGAAUAUUACCAGGCUCAGUACUAUUUUUAUACUUUAUUGAACUACAGGGGAUUUUAAUUUAAUAGCAUUCUAAAAAAGAUGUUGCUUGAACUGUAUAACUGUAUAAAUCAAACUACUUAUACAAAAAAACACCUCUAAACCAGAAUCUCUACCUGUAGUGCCACAGUUGUUUAUAUGAAAGUAUCUUGAUCAUUACUAGACUUUGAAGACCACCCUACUUGUUGUGUCAAGACUAACCUUUCGUAUCCUACUCCUCAAAGACUGCAGUGCCCGACAUUAUUUGUAACCAUCAAACCAUACUAUGUUUGUAACCAGCAUUGUGAUAUUCUGUAACUGUAUUGCUAAAAUGAAAUAUUGACCUAAUAAAUAUAGUGUUCCUGCA